AGUGGCAUAUACAUUCGAUACAUUUAGUAUUGUUAUUUCCUAAUUUAUAUAAUUGACUUACUUGGUUGUGUGCGGUGGAAUCCUGGCUGUGUGCCUGGAUUAUUGUCGUAAUUAGACAGGAGCGUAUCGCUUCCGUUUUUGUUAAUGAUCGCGUUAUUAGCUUGACAAAAUGGUUAAAGCAUUGUUUGUCGUGGCCAACUUGGCGCUUUUGCGUCAUAUGUUGGUUGGUGUUGUUGCUGAUCCUAUAGAUGGCGAGAUUCCAGACACCAUAGUUGAAGACAUUGAGGCAGUCAUCACUGUGGAUGACGGUGACGACUUGGCUAAUGUGUCUGGUGACAAGGUUACUGCUGACCCCAAUGAAUACAUUAGGGACCUUCGUAAUGCUCUGGGUGGCAAGGGCGCUAUUGACCCCGAAAAGGUGUACACUGCUCAGGCCAUGUUACCUGUUGGUGAAGUCUUAGUUCUCGCUACUGCCAGUGGCUGCUCAUUAUUGAACGACCCUGAUGGUGAGGUUACCGGUAAGGUUGAAGCCUUGGAGUUCAACUUCCGUGUCUCUGAGCUUGAGGAAUGCAGCAAGGUCACCGAGAGCUUAAUAUCUGCUUUGCAAUCUCAGAUAGCUGCUGAAUGGAGCAAUUUGGGCGGUACGUCGCUGCCUGAAGAAGUUGCUUCUAGCACUACAUUGAGAGAAAUUGGUAUGAGAACCAAUGGCAAGUCCAGUGCCAAGGACGACGACAUGAACAUGUCUCUGACUGUCCAGGACAUGGCCAAUGCAUUCUUGAUUGCCAAUUUGGAAAUCAAGUUCAUCCCAACUACUGCUGAGGGUGUUGCUGUGAUGCACUUCCACAUAGCUGAUAACACCAGUGCUAAGGAGAUUAGUGAGAUGAUGUCCAACAUUGACAUGGAGAAGCUGAAGGCUCUGAACGAGGCUUUCAAGGUAGCCAAUGAUAAAAUUGCCAACGCGAGUCCCGAGGAGCUUAAGCAGAUGGAGGAUGAGCUGAAGGCAUUCUACGAGCGUAAUGGUGACAACGUUCUCAAUCAGGAUGAUGAAAGCAAAUCGAUCCUUGAGGAGUUGAGUACUGAGGGCAUGACAGGUAUUGAAUGUGCAUCAUUAUCAUUGGAGGACUGUGCAUCGAUAUCUAAGUGCAGUGUCGUUAAAUUGAACGGCAAGGAAACUUGCUCAGUUUCUCCCAAGACAGUCUUUUUGCUUAUGGAAACUGGCUGUGGUUUACAAUCUAAGGCUGGUCUUAUGUCUAUAGUUCGUGAUUUUGUAAGCAACGGGUUGAUGAGCGAAGCUACUCACCAGACACUUCGUCAGAGCUUUGACCUUGGUCAGAUAUGCAACAGCAUUGUCCACACAUACAUGUCCGCUGACAUUGCUGAGACUCAGCAUCAUGAGUCUAAGCCUGGGUUUGAGUUUUGAACUCGUUUAUAAUCGUA